AUGCUCCUUCUAUUUCUAAUAUUCGCAAAUCUCGUCGAAUCUAUCGAUUUUCGCUCGAAUCAUUAUCGUCAACUGCCGCUUGAUAUACCCAAUAACUAUGUGAAUAGUCAGCCGAACACCGUCAAUCCGUACCUCAACAUUUUCGACACACCCAAUUUUCCGAGGGCCACUCUCACCACCGGAAUCGCGAGGCCGACAACCACCACUACUACUACUACUACUACUGUAGCACAGACGUCGCCGACGACUCGAGGGACCACUAGGACAAGACCCACAACUACUCCCACUUUAUGGACCACAUCGAAAAGCCCGCUCAAAUUGUCGAAGAACCCGAAAAAAAGCGCAAUUUCGGCGAACUCGUUCGACUCGGCGCAACUCUCAGUAUUGAGCCAUCGACUGCUCAAUGAUGUGCUCAUUGUUCCAUCGUCUCGACGCCUCUACAUUCUUGCGAUCAUUCCGAUUCAUCAGGCGUCGAGUCAGCAGAAUUUCGAGUGCGGCGAAAUCGAUCUCAACGCCGUCGUUCGUCUCGCCGCGUUUCUCGAUUCGCUCAAAUCGAUGAACGAGGCGAAUUUGCUCAAGGAGAUUGGCGCCGAGAUUGGCGCAAUUGUGGUGGACUCGUGUUCAACCGAUCUGCGGACAGUCGCCGAUUUGUACGAGUUGCUCUCAGGCACCAAUAUUCAAAGAAAUGAUAUUAUUGCUGUCGUGCGCGACGACGGAACGCAUAUGCCGAACGCUGAGCACGUCUUCGAGCAGCUCAAUCUUCCCGUUCUCAACACGUUCAUCACCGUCGGCCAUCAGGCGAAAACCAGUGGAACACUUCCGCACGCGUCGAUGGCGUUCGACGCCAUAUUUGAAGCGUUGCGGAAUUAUCACACGAGCUGCGUGAAUCUCAUAUUCGAUGAGAAGUUCGAACGGACGAUCGGCGAGUUUCACGAGUUGGCGAUGAAGCACUCGAUAUGCGUCGAAACGCAGAUCUUCAUGAAGAACGCUUCGAGUCACGUCGCCGAGGAGACGAUACGAACAUUGUUGCUCAGCGAGGCGCGAAUCGUCGUCGCGCUUCUCGGCGAAUCGACGUGGCUGAGCGUCGGCAAAUCGCUUCGCACCGAAAUGGUCAUCGCCGGCCGUUUCGUGUUCGUCGCGCUUCAAGACGCGCGCUGGUCGACGGCGCAAAAGUUCGUCGAGACGUGGCCGACGUUCGAGCAGAAUCUCAUCGCGUUGGCGCCGAAAGUGUCGAUCAAUCACGACGACGAGCUUCGAAAAUUGGCCGACACGAUUCCGCGAAUGAAAUUGCCGACGGUGUGGCUCAAACAGUUUUGGGCGUCGGCGUUCAAAUGUCACGUCGGCGAUGACGACGUCGGCGACGACGACGACGACAAACAUCACAAAUUCUCCAGACAGUGCGCGAGUUCCCAAAAAUUCAACAUCUCCCAGGUGACGCCCAACGUCGACGUGGCAUCGAUAUCGAUAGCGGCGCAUACGAUCGGCGUCGCGUUCCGCUCAUUCGUCGAUCGCGUCUGCCCCGGCGCGCUGGUGAUCUCGAUAUCGGAUUGCGUCAACGAUCCGUCCGACGGCUUCUACCAUUCGAUUCUCGAUCAGGAUUUCGUGCAUCAUCUCUCCGAUUAUCCCAUCACAUUCAACGUGAGCUCGGGAUACCGCGACGCGCAGCUCGUCAUCAAUCGCGUUCAGUUCGACGAUGAUCGCUUAGAGUUGAGCGAGAUCGGCGUCUGGCAUCCAACGAUGGGCUACGCGGACAGCGGCGACGGUCGAAACGCGACGUCGCGCGGCAGCUAUCUGCUGAUGUCGUCGACGUGCUCGCGGUCGAAAUGCGCCCAGGAGAUGGCGAAGAGCGCGAUUCGACGCGAGGUGCCGUCGAUAUUCAAAGCGCUCACCGACAUCGAGAUUCUGCUGUUCACAAUUUUCUCAGUGCUGUCGUGUCUGACAUGCUUGAUGUGCAUGUAUCUCAAAGUCAUCUCAACGUCCGAUUAUCGCAAUUGCACGGCCGUCGGCUUUUUGGGUCUCGCGUUCCUCUCGUUGUCGGCUCCCGCGUUCAUCAUCCCGCCCAACGAGGUGUCAUGCAUUCUCCGCCGAACGCUGUUCCCGAUCGCCAUGUGCACCGCGAGCGCGUCCGUCUUCGUCAAGGCGCUUCUUCUAUGGCGAUUCAAGGACGCCGACGUGCGCACAAGCAGCGCCCUCUUCAUCAUGUCGUCGAUUGUCGCAAUCCAGACCGUAAUCUCGUUCGAGUGGCUUCUUCUCUCGCCGGCCCCCUACACCGAAUUCGUGUCGUCGAUUCACGGCACCAUGUGGCGAUGCGCACCGGGAAAUACCGCGGAGAAUAGCAUUCUGACGUCGUGCGGCCUCGUCGGAAUCAUGUCGAUACUCACGUUCGUCUUCUCGAUUUCGGCUCUUCGACAUCCGCAGAGUAUUCAGAAUCUGCUGAUAUCGAUCGUCACGAUCAUGUUCGAAAUCGGCUUAUACGUUUCGCUGCCACUUUUGACCUACAAAUCGCGCGAUUUGGUCAUGGCCACUUCCGUUUUGAUUUUCGCGUUUUUGGCGCUUCUCGCCAGCCAUUUGAGUCGUGCCGCCGAUGAUGAGAAGGCCGGAAACGCAGCAGCCGACACUUUAAAGAAACACUGGAUCACCCAAGUCCAAAAUUAUCACACCGCGUCGACUCAUCCUCAAUCGAUUCAACUCGAGGAUAAAUCAACACUUCCGCGUCAGACCAACGCCGCCCUUUAUGGUGUUGAGGCAUACGGUACGCGCCUUUAA